UCAGACGAGCGACGAUGAAGUGAAAGACACACAAGAUGGCGGCGAUCGGUGGAUAGACGGACAUUCACGUAAACAUUUAAACGACCCGACCCAAUUAGCCCUCAUUCAGAGCCGUAACCGAGAGCCAAAGAAAGUUUAACGAUACAGUAGACCGUUCACGCGAGAGUCUGACGAUCACGAAGCUGAAUCUCCGAGAUUUGGCUCAUUCUACAGGUAAACUGAUUUCGUAGGCUUAAAAUGAUCGAUUGGAGAUCGAAAGCGAGUGUUGAGAGCUAAAUAAACCGUUGAGUGAGUCUCGUCGGGUGGUUUCCAGGGGGCAGCGUGGUUUAGUGAGGUAAACCGGGGGUUCAGUGAGGUAAAUUGGUGGUUUAGUGCGGUAGGAUGUGUAGUUCCCGGCUGUGUGGAUGCGAGGGCAGACAGUGCUAGUUUAGUGAGGGGAAUAUGCGCCAGGACUGCUAGUGUCGGAGAGGUUUGAGCUAGUGAAGAUGAGCGACACCCGGAGGCGAGUGAAGCUGUACACGCUGAACGAGGACCGGCAGUGGGAGGACCGGGGCACGGGGCAUGUGUGCUGCUCCGACGAGGAGACCUCGCUCACGGUCACCGCAGAGUCCGACGGGUCACUGCUGCUGGAGUCCAAGAUCAUCACCAGCACUGCGUAUCAGAAACAGCAGGACACGCUCAUCGUGUGGUCCGAAGCGGAGAACUAUGACCUGGCUCUGAGUUUCCAAGAGAAAGCCGGCUGUGACGAAAUCUGGGAGAAGAUCUGUCAGGUGCAGGGCAAGGACCCGUCGGUGGAGAUCACGCAGGACCCGAUGGACGAGUCGGAGGAGGAGCGUCUGGAGGAGCUGGAGGCGGCGCACGUGCUGGACCUGCCGGCCUGCGAGCCGGAGCACCUGGAGGAGAUCGCGGAGCUGGUGACGUCAGUGCUGUCCUCGCCCGUGCGCCGCGAGAAGCUAGCGCUAGCUCUGCUGAGCUCCGGGUUCAUCCGCAAGCUGCUGCUGCUGUUCCGCUCCUGCGAGGACGCUCACCACCGACAGGCGCUGCACCACCUGUACGAGAUCGUGCGCGGCGUGCUGUUCCUCAACAAGGCGUCCCUGUUCGAGGUGCUGUUCUCGGACGACUGCAUCAUGGACGUGGUGGGCUGUCUGGAGUACGAGCCGGCGCUGGCCCAGCCCCGCAGGCACCGCGAGUUCCUCACACACACCGCCCGCUUCAGGGAGGUCAUCCCCAUCACCGACUCCGAGCUGCGGCAGAAGAUCCACCAGACCUACCGCGUGCAGUACAUCCAGGACAUCAUCCUGCCCACGCCCUCCGUGUUCGAGGAGAACUUCCUGUCCACGCUGUCCUCCUUCAUCUUCUUCAACAAGGUGGAGAUCGUCAGCAUGCUGCAGGAGGAUGAGAAGUUUCUGACGGAGGUGUUCGCUCAGCUGACGGAUGAAGCCACAGAGGACGAUAAGAGGAGAGAGCUGGUGAACUUCUUCAAGGAGUUCUGUGCGUUCUCACAGACGCUGCAGCCGCAGAACAGAGACGCCUUCUUCAAAACGCUGGCCAACCUCGGCAUCUUACCCGCGCUGGAGAUCGUGCUGGGCAUGGAUGACGUGCAGGUGAAGGCCGCCGCUACAGACAUCUUCUCCUACCUGGUGGAGUUCAGCCCGUCGAUGGUGCGAGAGUUCGUCAUGCAGGAGCCACAGCAGGCCGACGACGACGUGCUGCUGAUUAACGUGGUCAUCAAGCAGAUGAUCUGUGACUCGGACCCUGAGCUGGGCGGAGCCGUGCAGCUGAUGGGGCUCCUGAGGACCCUCAUCGACCCCGAGAACAUGCUCGCCCCCGCCAGCAAAGCGGAGAAGAGUGAGUUCCUGAGCUUCUUCUACAAGUACUGCAUGCAUGUGCUGACGGCUCCUCUGCUGGCCAACACCGCUGAAGAGGACCACGAUCUGACCGAGGGAUCAGCGAAAGUCAACCCCGUGUGUCCAGAUAACUUCCAGACGGCGCAGCUGCUGGCUCUGAUCCUGGAGCUGCUGACCUUCUGCGUGGAGCACCACACGUACCACAUCAAGAACUACAUCAUGACCAAAGACCUGCUGCGGAGAGUGCUGACGCUCAUGAACUCCAAACACACCUUCCUGGCGCUGUGUGCCCUGCGCUUCCUGAGGCGGAUCAUCGGCCUGAAGGACGAGUACUACAACCGCUACAUCAUGAAGGGGAACCUGUUUGAGCCGGUCAUCAACGCCCUGCUGGACAACGGCAGCCGCUAUAACCUGCUGAACUCGGCCGUCGUGGAGCUCUUCGAGUUCAUCAGAGUCGAGGACAUCCGGUCCCUCAUCGCACACAUCGUGGACCACUUCUACCCGGCGCUGGAGUCCAUCGAGUACGUGCAGACCUUCAAGGGCCUGAAGGGCCGAUACGAGCAGGAGAAGGAGCGGCAGAGCCGAGGCCUGAGCAGGUACCGUAGAGACGCGCACUCCUUCGAGGAGGACGAGGACACGUGGCUGAACGAGGAGGAGGAAGAGGAGGACGUGUCCGACAUCAACAAGAGCAAGAGCGACUACGGCAAGUUCAUGGAGAGCGAGAAAGCUAAAGAGAGUCAGGACAAAGAGAACCAGCCGAAGCGCUCCACCACAGCCAGCUUUAAGUUCACCUUCGCUCAUUCAGCGGCUAACGCUAACACUAGCAACGGCUCCAAGCCUCCGCCCUCCUCCUCCUCCAGCGGCUCCAGGCCGGCAGCGCCUCCUGCUGGACACACGCCACGGACUGGACUUGUGGAUUAUCCAGAUGAUGAAGAUGAUGAAGAAGAGGAGGAGGAGGAGGAAGAGCAGGCUCCACGCAAGCGGCCCCGCCUGGGCUCAUAAAGCAGUGUGUGUGUGUGUGUGUCGGGCUGAGCGAGGAGCGCAGCAGCCAAUGACAGCAGCAGGGGCUGAUGGGAGGCUAGCAGGACUAGCCGCGCUAAUGAACGCUGGAUUGGCUGACCUCUGGGACUGAAGAGGUUUUUUAACGAGUUCCUCUGGACGUUAGUGUUUAUUAAUGAUUGACAGGAGCUCUCGCCAGUGUCGGUGCGGCCGCGCGUCGGAGAGAUGGACCUGAUCUCAGAUCAGCUCUGUCCACACAACACUCGCGGAUCACUAGCUCUUCUUGUUUUCCCCUCUUUUUUGUACAAUUUCCUAACUAGCACCACCUCCAUUAAAGAGCAUUUGUAUAAAUUUGAUAUUUUUUACAAUUUUCAGAUUAAAUUUGGUCCUGCAAUUAAACAAGGUUGUUCAUUA